AUGCUGUGCGCUGCCACGGCAGCCGGACAAAUCGGUCAUCAGUGGCAGCAGACGCACACGUCUCUGGAGGCAGCCCGGGCGCAGGAGCUUGCUGUCAACGAUGUCUUCUUUGGUACAAUACUGACGGACACAAGUUGGUCGCGAGCUGCGCAGUGGUUAGAGGACAUGCACAUGUCGACAGUGCGAGCGAGCAGCGUGGUUUUGGCGAUUGCUUCCAACACGGUUCCCUGGGAGCAGGCGCUGGAAGCUUUGCUUCCCGCAUCAGCUGACGCACAGCUUGCCGUGAACAAUAUCAUCGGUGGCUGUGGGAAGGCUGCGUGUUGGCAGGCUGCCAUGGCACUCAUCCAUCGGUUCACGACAGAGGAUGCAACUGCGCGAGUGACUGCCGUCGGAUUCACUGCAGCUGCCGGAGCUUGCGAGCGAGGGCGGCAAAGAAGGCAAGCCGUCAUGCUCCUGAAAGAGUUGCUUGGCGAAGUCUGCACACGCUCCGUCGCCGAUAAAGGCUGCGCAGAAGACGGCUUCAAGGCGACAGAACUUCACAAGGUUCGAGAAGCAUGUUUGUUGAAAGACCGAGAGAAGCGGGGAGAGCGUGAUGCGUCAGGGGCUGCUAUCGCUGUUGCCUCACAGUCCUGGAGAACAGCACUUUGGCAGCUGGCCGUCGCCAGCACAGAGGAUGCUUCUGCGCGGGGUGAUUGGGUCAUGCAAGGAUCGGCGAUGGCAGCAUGCGGGGAGCGUGGAAAAUGGAUUCUGGUAAUGGGCUUGCUCGACGCGCACAUGCCUAUCGAACCUCUCAAUGUGGCACUCGAAGCUUGCAAGACCAAGUCGCUAUGGACGGUGGCACUCAGACUGCUGGGGGUGGCGCUCGAAAGAGAGCUGAAAUUGGACGUGCUGACAGCGUCAAGCACACUGUCUGCUUGUGCGCAGUGUUGGCAAGAGAAUCGAUUGUGGCGCGUGACGCUCCAGCUGCUAGAUAGGCGAUCAAGUUCUGCGCUGGAGGAGUAUCCCCAACAGGCUGUAACACGUGCCAUUUAUCACCAUGCAAGGGCUUACCUUGCCAUUGCUUCGAUCACAGCAGGGUCCGCUAAGCCGACACCCCGAGAGAAAUGCCGUCGUGCAGCCUGUGCCAUUCGUCAAGCUGCACGCGCAGUGAUACUGGAAAGCACAGUCGUCCAGAUCGUUUUGCGCUGCGUCGAGCAGACGAAGCAGCGACAAGCUCGAGAAGCCGAUGAAAUGUGGCGCAAGCUUGCAGGUGAUGUGCGGUUCUUGUUUGGUGGACAGAAGGAUAUCGACUCUGUGACAAAGAUUGCUGGAACCCUGGCUGAAAUGCUGUCAGGCUUCGAUGGAGGCGAUGAUGUUCGGAAUAGGUUCUUGAACGUCGCGAAAAGCUUCGACAACUCCGAAGUAGCUUUGAAACAGCUGCACGCAUCCUUCGGCAAUAACUUAGAAGGGCUUCAUGCCAUGCGGAACGACUUCGAUCGCUUCACAGCGGAGAUCAUUCGGCUUGUAAGUCUCCUUGAAGGAGACUGCAACAGCAUGCGUGUUCAGUUGCAGAAAACCUUGAAAAGCCCUCGCCAGCGGGUAAACAGAAAUUUGUUGGGAGGUCUUGAGAAUCUAGGGAAGGGACGAAUGAUGCCUGACGGCGCCAACAUUGGUGAUGCAUCGCAAGAUCACAUUACCACAUUAUUAUCUACCUUGGAGCAUGAUUUGUGCGAUACCCCGCUGGCAGCAAUGGUACAGGUUGCCCAGGAUGUCAAUGAUCAAAUCGUGAAGCAGUUGAGCGACAGCGGUAAACUGCAAGGCCAGGAUUACGCAUUGAACGAGGUGAGCUUGGUUCCUGUGGACGAGCCCACCUCUCCCACCAAGGUUGUGACCGACUUGUUGCAAGCGUUGCGACCGUGCAUUUUUGACGCAGUGGAUGGAGUGGGCGCCGAGGCGGUGGCUGCCGACGCAACGGGUUGCAGAAGCAAGAUUAUCCGACCACGCAAAGCUUCAAAAGGCGUGGAGCAGCAACCCGUCAGACCUGAACGGGUCGUGGUCUCUCCGUCCAGCCCUGUGCGCCCUCCGGUGGAUGUCCUGUAUGCUCGAGCCCAACUCGCUCGAGAUUCCGCCGGCCUGCAUGCGACGGCGGCGCCGACGGCACAGGGCGGCUCUGGAGUUCCAGAGAAGUCCCUUGGGCCCCUCGGCUUGCUCCCGUCUGAGGCCGCUCUUGUGCCAGAACAGCGGGGACAGCGCUUGCCGAAGCUGAAGCCAUUGCCUCACACAGCCGAUUUCGAGCAGGGUCCAACAAAGCCGAUGUCCAAUCGGUCGGUCAAGUCUUCGAAAGAAAGCUUGCAGGAGCACACGGCAACAAGCAUGGUGCUCCCGGUACCUGGCUUCGUGGAACAUUCAGAACACACCGACUACGCUUUGCCUUCCGCUGGAACAACUGCGGUGGCAAACAAUGGUGAUGGAGGUUCCCAGCAGAGCACUGGUCAAACAGCUGAUCCUAGAAAACACGGUGUGUCAGGCCCAGGUGGUGUCCAGAGCUCUGACCCACAGAAUGCACACAUUGAACUCGAGACUCGUGAGAGUCACAAGGACACGGCCGGAGCCCCGGCGAGUGGAUCUCGGUGGCCAUCCGGGCAAAACUGUCGACCUCCGUCUGAGGGUGACAUCACGGCUGGACCCCGAGCACCACGAUGCAGAACUCCAGACGACCUGUCCUGCGAGUAUUUACGUGCAAGCACAAGCCACGAAAAUCAGAAGCUGUCACCCACGAGCCGCAGCCAGUCACAGCCAAAUCUACAAGCCACAUCCCGCUCCUCGGAGGACGGAGACCGAAAUCCAGAGCCAACAAGGCUGCCUGGUCUUCCUGAUCUGAGGCGUGACCAUCCUCGUGCACAGGCUGCUGCGGUUGCAUCCUCGGACGAAGCCGGUGAAGCCACCGAGACCUACGCAGCAAACAGGGAAGCAGUGACGAGCAAAGAAAGAGCAAGUGCGGGCAUGGACAGCAAGUGCAGAGAUGGCCAGGAUGGUCGCAGAUCUGCAUCGCUGACGCAAGAACCGGCUGAGUUCUCGCGCUUCAUGGCUUCCGAGCAGACAGGCUAUGCCAGCUCACAGAUGGCAACAACCUCCUUCAUGGGGAGCCCCCUGCUUGUGAAGAAGUCCAAACUGGAAGAAAGGCCUCGCAGACCUUCGCUGGCUGGGAAUGCGUCCGAACCUUUUCUUCCCAAGUCGAUGGAAGCGGGUCGCCGCCCGCGUGGGUUGCCAGCACCAGGUGCACUGCAACCUGCAUUGGCCACGUCCACGAGGCAUGCACAUGCGACAAGCGCCCCCAUGCUGGGUCCUUUACGUACGAGACCCAGGUCACUAGACACGGCCAGAUACGAUUACAAGGCUCCCCAUGGGCCGCUGCCGACUUUACACGCUGAAAUGCAGGCUUCUGGCAGCCACGUACAUGUUCACCAGCGGAAGGUGUCUCCGGCACCGACCGUGUCAGAGGAGGAGAAUGAGCUAUUGAGGUAG